GCGGUGCCCCCGCGCCUGGGCGACGAGCGGGAGCGCCGCGCGCGCGAGCAGCUGACGGGCCUCUUUGUGCACGAUCCCGGCGCGCCGCCCACGACGCGCGCGCCCGUGGACGAGCUGCAGGCCCUGCUCGCCGAGCUGGGCGGCGACGCCGCGCGACGCGCGCGCUCGCCGCUGAACCUCGUGAUCGACGACCACGGGCACACGGCGCUGCACUGGGCGGCCGCGCUGUGCCGCCUGCCGCUCGUGCGCAUGCUGACGGCGCUGCCUGCGGCGCAGGGCGGUGCGAACAUCAAUGUGGGCAACUAUGCGGGCGAGACGGCGCUGCACCGCUCGGUGCUCGUGACGAAUGCGUACGAGCUCUCGCAGUUCCCCGAGCUGCUCGAGCUGCUCGCGAGCAGCCUCGAGACGCGCGAUCACCGCAAGCGCACGGUGCUGCACCACAUUGCGCUCGUGGCCGGCCUCAAGGGGCGCGCGGCGCCCGCGCGGUACUACCUGCGGUGCGUGCUGGAGCGGCUCGGGCGGCGCGCCGGCGCGCCUGGCCUGCUCGACGCGCAGGACGACGAGGGCGAGACGGCGCUGAGCAUCGCGGCGCGCCUCGGCAACACCCACAUGAUCCAGAUGCUCCUGGAGGCGGGCGCGCGCAAGGACCUGCCCAACUACCUCGGCAUCACGCCGCUCGACUGGGGCAUCACGGGCGCCUCGCCAGCGGCCGGCGAGCCGGGCGUGCUCAGCGAGCUGGGCUCGUACCGCCCCGCGGACAUGGUGCGCUCCCUGACCAAGCCGCCGCCGGGCCCCGUGAAAAAGAGCCACGACGUGCGCGAGAAGCUCGUGCAGACGCUCGACGAGCUGCAGGCCAUCUUCGACCGCGAGGUCGCGGCCAAGCAGAGCGCCCUCGAGACCACACAGACACACCUCCAGGCCGCCACGCGCGAGCUCGCAGCGCGCCGCCGCGACGUGGCUGCCGCACAGGCAGCCGUCACGGAGCGCGAGGAGCAGCGGCAGCGGCGCGAGAACCUGACGCAGGCGCUCGCAGCGCUCCCGCCGCCCACGGACGCGCCCGCGUGGACGCAGGCGCCGCUCGACGAGGCGCAGGCGGCCCUCGCGCCCCACGCCGACGACGCGUCACAGGCCGCCGCCGUCGUGCGCCUGCGCUGGCUGCUCCGCCGCUGCGACGACGAGGGCCGCGCCCUCGAGGCCGACAUGCAGGUGCGGCGCACCGGCGCACAGGCGCGGCAGCACCUGUACCACCAGGUCGUCGCCAUGUGUGCGCAGGUGCCGCUCGACAAGGUGGACGGCAUGCUCGACGAGCUGCUCGCGGCCGUCGAGUCAAUUGGCCCCGACGUC